CUGAAGUAAAAUUCAAACAGAACCCGCGCCGGGCUCAAUCCAGGUGCGUUCGGGAGGGUAGAAAGAGAAGGGAAAAUGGAGGAGAAAGUGAAGUGCUUAGCAUUGGUAGGAGCUGGGGCUCUUUUGGGAUCCGUUUCAACCGUCUUUCUGUAUAAAAUUCUUUCAAGAAAUAUGGUGCACUCAAGCUCUGAAAAAGCUGUUGAAUUGAAUGCAGGUAAAGAACUUGUAUCUAAUACACCAAUUGACUGUUGCACGAUGAAGGGUGGAAUGCCGAGUUUAGAUCUUCUUAAAGAUGAAAUAGUUUCUGAACAACUGACCAGGAAUAUUCAAUUCUUUGGCCUUGAGUCUCAACAGAAAGUGACUGGAUCAUAUGUUGUUGUCAUUGGUCUUGGAGGGGUUGGGAGUCAUGCUGCUUCUAUGCUUUUGAGAUCAGGAGUGGGCAGGCUCCUCUUGGUGGAUUUUGAUCAGGUAUCAGUUUCAUCAUUAAAUCGACAUGCUGUUGCAACCCGAGUGGACGUUGGUACUCCAAAAGCCCAGUGCCUCAAAAAGUAUUUCUCAUUGAUCUUCCCAGAAUGCCAUGUAGAGGCAAAAGUGCUACUAUAUGAUGCAUCAUCCGAAGAAGAAAUUCUUUCAGGCCACCCUGAUUUUGUUCUGGAUUGCAUUGAUAACAUUGAUACAAAGGUGGCACUUCUUGCUGCAUGUGUACGUAGGGGUUUGAAGGUUCUAUCUGCAACAGGAGCUGGUGCUAGAGCUGACCCAACAAGAAUUCGCGUGGCUGAUUUGAAAGAGUCAACAAAUGAUCCACUAUCUCGAUCUGUAAGGCACCGUUUGAAGAAAGAUUAUGGCAUCGAAGGUGGUAUUCCUGUUGUUUUUUCCUUGGAGAAACCUAAGGUAAAGCUGCUUCCGUUUAAGGGGCCAAGUGGAGCUGAGGAAAAUCCUUUAGAUUAUCAAAUGGUACCUGGGUUCAGGGUUCGCAUCAUACCUGUUCUAGGUAGCAUCCCUGCAAUUUUUGGACAGGUCAUGGCCUCCUAUGUUGUGACACAGCUUUCUGGGUUGAACGUUCAAACAGAGCCCAUAGUAAACUUAGAUAGUGACCAUUAUCAGGUGCUUCACCAACGCCUUAUUGAGCAUGAGGAAUCAUUGUAUGGCACAGCCGCGGAAGUCCAGGUAGAUCUUGAGGAAGUUAUGUAUGUUGCAAAGGAGCUGUGGCAUGGACGAAGUGCAAGGGAGCAGUCUGCAAAAGAUGUAGGGCGUGGAAUGUGGCGAUCAGUUAAUGAGUUAAUGCUUGUGAGGUGGGACAGAAUGAAGCCAGCAUGCGUAUCAAACUUGAUUCUUUUGAAAUUUAAAGAGGCAGAUGAACAUGAAUCAAGGACUCUUGACGAUAUCAAGGAAAAGGAACCUGAAUUUUUUAAGAGGGUGACAUCUUUGCUGAAGCGAGCUGAACUGGACUUUGGCUUGUAAUUGUUGUGGACUUUGUAUGCACACAGAUUCUUUAUGACAG